AUGUAUGCCAAGUGUCAUAAUUAUGCACUACUGUGCCUACGUAUAUGUUCUGCGCUAAUUGUUGCAAAGGAAAGACCAGGAAGCUGUCGCACUUCCGAUUGCGAGAAAACCCUCACCUGGAACCAUACGGCGAAGAAGGAACACGUGGCACCAAAGUACAGAAACGGAUCUCCAAUUCCAAGUACAGAACGAGAACAAGCAGCACAUCCGGAACCUGUAUUGCAUGUCCAAUCCUGUCAAGAUAUGAUACCGGUACCUCAACAAAAGCCAGAAAAAUAUAUAGCUAUGUGGGAUUACGAACCAAGAAUGCAGGAUGAAAUCGAACUCAAGGAAAGAAAUGUAGUGACGGUCUUGGAAAAAUGUAAUCAAGAUUGGUUCCUUGCUGAAGUAAGCGGAAGACGUGGGUACAUCCCUGCUUAUUACGUCAAGAAGGCUGAAGAUAAAAAUCCAAGUGGUGACCUUACAAAUGAACUGGAGGCGGUUUUACUUCGUCGCCGUGCUACGCUAGAAAAAAGAACUUCAAACGAAAAUGUAAAUAUGUUACUUACAGGGAUGUGUGUAACCAGGGAUUUCACGUAA